AUAAGGAGGAGCAACUGGGCGGAGCUGGAAGGUCGUGGUUAGCGCUCUCCAACACAUUCUUACAACAUCACCACACACCCGGCCAGAGUGUGUGAAAACUCCGCAGAGGAUUAUUUAUUUACAAACGUUUUCUUCUGUCGGUUUUUUUGUCAUCCAGUGACUGUUUUUUCUUUUUGAUAACGGAGUCAAAAGCCGAAGACCCCCACAGAUUACUCGCCUUACCUCGGACUUUUGUGGGCCCAAACGUGUACAGGCAGCUAGCCACAAAGCGUUGGCAAAUUCAGUUUAACGUAGCAAGCUCUGCCCAGCCCCCCACUCCGCUUACCGGCCUGGCUCAAGGAGGGAAAUAAUUCAGUUGUUGAAAUUUUGGGUUCAGUAUAUACGUUUGCUUUAAACGAGUCAUAUCGCAUGCUCUUAAUCUUCAGUGCAGUUGGCUAGUCAUUGAAAAGCUGUCCAGUAUCGGUUUCGAAUGUUGUUUAAUUAGUAGUUUGUUUCCGUAGCCUAGCAAGAAACGCAAGUGAGAUCACAAGCUAGCUAACGUUGUCUUUUAACUAGCGCUCGACACUACAGUACACAGCAGACGAGUUUCAUCUUCUGUCGCAACUUCGUUGGGCCCUGCAUCGUGUGCUUGGAUUGGACUAUUUAGUAAUGCAAAAUAGAAAAAACAUUUGUUACUGAAAAGCAAAUAACAUUUGCUAAGCUAGCUAAUUAGCUGUUUGACUAGACAGGCCAUAUUCCUUGUAUAAAAUUGCAGACGGGCUACAGCUGGUUUGCUAACGCCGGUGGCGGUGCUGUGUUUAUUAAUGUUAUAUUGCUAACGUUUAGUAUUGACAUGAAAACGACAGUUAUUUCUUUUUAAAGUACGUGUUUUAGAUGACUAGCUAACGAUAUAGAAUUUUAAUGAAACAUUUACUUCCAUAAAGGAAGGUAGCCAGCUAAAGUUAUUGUCCUGUUUUUAUGUUAUCAAUCAAAUUUGGCUUGGAUUUCAGUCGCAGAUGAACCGAUGAAAAGGACUGAAACUGGGACAUCAACAUUGACCAGUGGAUUUAUUAGUGUCGUAUAGCCCUGAUUCUACCUGGAUUUUGGCCUCUCUUUUUGGAAUUACGUUGGAGUAGCCACACUGUCACAGUCGAUAAUAUUUGGUUGGACUUCUUAUCUUCCUCCUACCCCCAAACCUUUGCCAGUUUCUCUCUCCGAUGCGGAGUAUUGAGUAGCACCGGCGACCAAAUCCAUACGGCGGCCGGACAUGCUGAAGUGUAUCCCUUUGUGGCGCUGUAACCGCCACGUCGAGUCGGUGGACAAACGACAUUGCAAUUUGCAAAAUGUCCCCGACGAGAUAUUUCGCUACAGUCGCAGUCUUGAGGAGCUUCUCCUCGACGCAAACCAGCUCAGAGAACUACCCAAGCCUUUCUUCAGACUACUCAACCUGCGGAAGCUGGGCCUGAGUGACAAUGAGAUCCAGAGACUCCCACCUGAGGUGGCCAAUUUCAUGCAGCUGGUGGAGCUCGACAUUUCCAGAAAUGACAUUCCCGAGAUCCCAGAGAGCAUUAAGUUCUGCAAGGCGUUGGAGAUUGCAGACUUCAGUGGAAACCCACUGUCAAGGUUGCCUGAUGGUUUCACUCAGCUCCGAGGGCUGGCCCAUUUGGCUCUCAACGACGUGUCACUACAGACGCUGCCCAAUGACAUAGGGAACCUAGCCAACCUAGUGACGCUGGAGCUCAGGGAGAACCUGCUCAAGUCUCUGCCCACGUCACUCUCUUUCCUGGUGAAACUGGAACAGCUGGACCUGGGCAGCAAUGAACUGGAAGUGUUGCCGGACACACUCGGUGCUCUCCCUAACCUCCGAGAACUGUGGCUGGACCGCAACCAGCUCUCCUCUUUACCACCUGAGCUGGGUAACCUGCGGAGGCUGGUGUGUCUGGACGUGUCGGAGAACCGCCUGGAACAGCUGCCCUCGGAGCUCAGCGGCCUGCUGGCCCUCACGGACCUGCUGCUCACACAGAACCUACUGGAGGUUGUCCCGGACAGCAUAGGCUCUUUGAAGCAGCUGUCCAUCCUGAAAGUGGACCAGAACCGACUGACCCACCUGAGCGACUCCAUAGGAGAGUGUGAGAACUUGACAGAACUUGUACUGACAGAGAACCUCUUGCAGACACUGCCUCGCUCACUUGGCAAGCUGAAGAAACUGACCAACCUGAAUGUGGACCGCAACCGGCUGGGCGGCGUGCCCGACGAGCUGGGCGGCUGUGCCAGCCUCAACGUGCUCUCCCUGAGGGACAACCGCGUGGCCAGACUGCCUGCCCAGCUGGCCGAUGCCACCGAGCUCCACGUGCUGGAUGUGGCCGGCAACAGGUUACAGAACCUGCCGUUUUCCCUGGCCAACCUCAACCUGAAGGCCAUGUGGCUGGCAGAGAACCAGUCUCAGCCCAUGCUCAAGUUCCAGACAGAGGACGACGAGAGCACCGGGGAGAAGGUGCUCACCUGCUACCUGCUGCCCCAGCAGCCCUCCCCCAGCCUGGAGAACCUGCUGCAGAACAGUGUGGACGACAGCUGGACUGACAGCAACCUGAACCGGGUGUCUGUCAUCCAGUUCCAGGAGGAGACCACCAAGCAGGAGGAUGACGAUGAGGCUGCAGCAGAGCGCAGGGGUCUCCAGCGCCGGGCCACACCCCACCCCAGUGAGCUGAAGGGCAUGAAGAAGGUGAUCGAGGAGAGGAGAAAUGAGGCCUACACAUCCAGGCCUGACGGAGGGACAGAGUCUCCCGGCGCCCAGGAGAAGCGCCUGAGCAAUCUGUCCAAUCAAAGCCACGACUCGGCAGCGUCCAACAGCACAGCCUCGGCCAACUCGCACGAGGAGAGGCGGGGUAUGACGGGGGAGGUCCUUGCGUGUGGGCGGGGCCAUCAACAGGAGGAAGAAGAGGAGCUUGAUGAGAUGGAGGUUGAGUACAUAGAGCCCACCGUGCACUUUGCAGAGGAGCCCAUCUACAGGGGUGCCGACGACGAUGACGAGGAGGCCGAGGAUGGGGUGCCGUGCAGUGACGAAGACGAACAACCCGCUCCCCAGUUCCCCACGGAGAAGCAGCGUCUUAUCAGGAAGGACACACCGCACUACAAGAAGCACUUCAAGAUCACCAAGCUGCCCAAACCGGAGACCGUGGCCGCCUUACUGCAGGGCUUCAGCCCUGACGCCCACCUGAACCAGCACGCCGUCUCGCACCACGAUGCCCCCGACCAAGACGACGAGGAGGAGGAUGAGGAUGAGGAGGAGUGUAUGGUAACUCCACAGCGUCACAACCGGAUAGAAGACCUGGAGCUGAACGAUAGGAGCCUGCUUCAUGUCAACUCAUCCCUGCAGCCGGUCAAGGGGGUGUCAUUUGAUCAAGUCAAUAAUCUGCUGAUUGAGCCUGCUCGAAUUGAGGAGGAAGAGCACACCCUGACCAUUCUCCGACAAACAGGGGGCCUGGGCAUCAGCAUAGCCGGAGGGAAGGGAUCCACGCCCUACAAGGGGGAUGAUGAGGGAAUCUUCAUCUCCAGGGUGUCUGAGGAUGGCCCUGCAGCCCAAGCAGGGGUCAAAGUUGGUGACAAACUCUUAGAGGUGAACGGCGUAGUUCUGCAGGGGGCGGAGCACCAUGCGGCGGUGGAGGCCUUGCGCAGCUCGGGUGCCGCCGUCUCCAUGAGCGUCCUCCGGGAACGCAUGGUGGAGCCCGAGAACGCCAUCACCACCACGCCGCUGAGGCCCGAAGACGACUACUUCCCCCGGGAGAGACGCGCCAGCGGCCUGCCUUUCUGCAUGGAGACGGGCGCCCCCGCAGGUCCACGGCACCGGUUCUCUACCAGCCUGGUCCGCAACGACAAGGGCCUGGGCUUCAGCAUCGCCGGGGGCAAGGGCUCCACAGCCUAUCGCACAGGGGACGUGGGAAUCUACAUCUCACGGAUCGCUGAGGGAGGGGCAGCCCACCGUGAUGGCACACUCCGCGUAGGGGACCGGGUUAUCACUAUAAACGGUGUAGACAUGACAGAAGCCAGGCAUGACCAGGCAGUAGCACUGCUUACCGGCACCUCGCCCACCAUCGCCCUCCUGUUGGAGCGCGACCAGGCUGAGCCAGGCACCGCCGGGGGCUCACCGGGCCUGUCCCGAGGCCGCGCCCACUCCCCCCCGCCUCCGGAGCCCUCCGACUCACCGGACCAGGAGGAGGGAAACGACGACUCGCCCCAUGGGAACCACCUGAGCCGGCCGUUGGAGGACGAGUACCCCAUCGAGGAAGUGACUUUGGUGAAGGCAGGAGGCCCUCUGGGACUGAGCAUUGUGGGAGGCAGCGACCACGCCAGUCACCCGUUUGGCGUCAGCGAGCCUGGCGUCUUCAUCUCAAAGGUCAUCCCUCAUGGCCUGGCGUGUCAAAGAGGGUUGCGGGUGGGCGACAGGAUACUGGAGGUGAACGCCAUCGACCUACGACACGCCACCCACCAGGAGGCCGUUAGGGCCCUGCUCUCCAACAAGCAGGAGAUCCGCAUGCUGGUGCGCAGGGACCCCUCUCCCCCAGGGAUGCAGGAGAUAGUGAUCCAAAAGCAGCCUGGAGAAAAACUUGGGAUCAGCAUUCGCGGUGGCGCCAAGGGCCACGCUGGCAACCCCUUCGACCCCACCGACGAGGGCAUCUUCAUAUCCAAGGUGAGCUCCAGCGGCGCGGCAGCGAGGGACGGACGUCUGCUGGUGGGCAUGCGUAUCCUGGAGGUGAGCAACCACAGCCUGCUGGGCAUGACCCACACCGAGGCCGUCCGAGUGCUGCGCGCCGUGGGAGACACCCUGGUCAUGCUGGUGUGUGACGGCUUCGACCCGGGCACUGCCGCCGCAGUGGAGGCGUCGCCCGGCAUCAUUGCCAACCCAUUUGCGGCGGGCAUCGUGCGUAAGAACAGCAUGGAGAGCAUCUCUUCUAUUGAUCGGGAUUUGAGUCCCGAGGAGAUGGACAUUCUACAGAAGGAGGUGGAGAUGGCACGAGAGACGUCCCAGUGGGAGAGGGAAGAGAUGGAGAAGGUGGAGCGCAUGCGUUUGGAGCGCGAGGAAGCUACUCGCCUGCUAGAAGAGGAGACUGAGAACCUCGGCACUGUGCCCCUGAAACUGGACUACCGGACAUUGGCUGCACUACCCACCAGUGCACUGCAGAAGGUCAACAGGUUCUCUCCCUCUGUCCUUUCGACUGCCCCCAUGGAUUCCCAUUGCUCCGCCCCCAUAGAGCCCCUGGGCUUUGGCCUCGGGCUGCCCCCCAUCUCCCUCUACCAUAUGGACCCACAUGCUCUUCCUCAGUCCUGCACUACAAUGAACACCGAGGCUAAGCGCCUCUACAUGUCCCAGUACUCUCCCAGUCCUUCCAUAACCUCCUCCAAUCAAGAAGUGGCUAAACAAGAAGCCCCGACUAUUGAGGAGGAGGAGGAGGUUCUGGUGGACUCCCAGCCAAUCAACUUCAGUGAGAACCCCUUCUUGGUGGCCAAUCGCAAAGGAAAGGGCUGCGGUCCCUCAGAGCGCAUCCUGUCAGGCCCUCCCGUGGGCUAUGGGAGUGGGGGCAAGCUUCAGCCCUGGUUGUUCAACAAGGCGCCCUCCACUGAGAUUCCCAGGACAGACAGUCCUAUUAGGGACGCACCCUACUCACCUAGCACGCAACCACCCAGUGCUCAUUCCUCCACCAGCUCCCUGUGUGCCGGCAGGGAGACCCGCUUCGCAACCAUUCAUUUCACCCACACUGCCAAGGAGAAUAACUCGCCACUGAGUCCCUAUGAGACGAGGCCAGGUGCCAUCCAGCCCCUCUCACGCCCUGGUGGACGGCCGAGCCCCUCUCCAGCCACUCCGGACCGGCACAGCAGAGAUGGCCACAACAGUCCCAACCCCUUCCAACAUGGCCCCUCCCCCAUCAACUCCCAGACCUCUCCUCGGGCCCCCACUUCCGACACGAUCGAUGAGUUCCCUCUGAACCCAAAGCAGGCGUACAAGGCGUUCGCCGCCGUGCCUCACUCCCUGGCCGUGCUGGAGCCGCCUCCUCCGCAGGAGCUGUAUGGCCAAAGAAAUAACGUCCCCAGCAAUCAGCUUUCUCCUUCCUCUGAGCUUGAGCUGAACAACGAGGUCUUUGUGGACGGAGUCGGAGGUGUUGGGGGAGCGGUUAGGGUUCCGACAGCCCCCGUCUCCCUCAGACGAUCCCUAUCCUCUGACCGUCGGGACUAUAUGAGUCUGGCAUCAGUGCCACGACUGUCCAGAGCUUCCAUGGACGUGGUUGCAAAGACGCCAUCUCCUGGGGGCAGAAACAGCCCGGAGCAGCGUUCCUUCAGGGACAGGCAGAAGUACUUUGAGAUUGACGUGAAGCAGCAGACACCUGACAGCAAGCCAAAAGGCCGCGUGUCCCUGGUAGGGGCGGACGAUCUGAAGAAGAUGCGGGAGGAGGAAGAAAGAAGAUUCGAGCAGCGGGCGCGGGAGUACCUGAUGGAUGAGGAUGAUGAGGACGAGGACGACCUGGUCAAACAGAUGGGAGUGUUGAAGGCCACGGGCAAGGUGCUACUGGACGGGGUGGAGUACAAAGUGGAGCCUGUGUCCACGCCGCCUGGACCCUGUCACACGCCACCGAGCUACAACGCCACACCCCCUAGCUACUGUGGCAGUUCAGGGCCGUCGUCAGUGGAUGGUAAAGGAGAUUCACAGAGGAAUUCCCUUGAGGAGAACUUCAGGUUGGAGCAGCAGAGACCCAACUCUAUGACCGGUCUGAUCCCAGCGUACCCUGGAGAGUCCAGCGCCCCCGUCCGGACGGCCAAGGCAGAGCGGAGGCAGCAGGAGCGGUUAAGGAUGCAGAGUCCGGAGCUGGCCCCGGUUGGAGACAAGGACCUCUCCCCCGCCGAGAAACGGGCUCUGGAGGCUGAAAAGAGAGCAAUGUGGCGGGCAGCAAGGCCCUAUGGCUUAGAGGAGGAUGUUAGGCAGUAUGAGCAGGACCUGGCUAAGAGACUCUACCAGUCGAGAGUGAGGGCAUCUCAAGGCACCGCGCCGCCCCCUCAGUCUUCCGCCGCCUCCCAGCUCAGAAUGAAGUCUUUGGAGCAGGAUGCUCUGAAGGCUCAGAUGGUCAUCGCUAAAUCCCGGGAGGGAAAGAAGCGUGGCACACUGGACCAGCUGGCCGAAUCGCCCUCACCCGCUCCAACGCCGUCCCCUACCCCCCUGGAAGAUUUGAGUCCGCGAGGAGUUACGUCACCGGGCAGACUGUCCCUGUCGGAAAAGAAGUUUGACUACCGACAGUUUGCUGCCAUUCCUUCUUCCAAACCCGUAUACGACAUCCAGUCCCCUGAUGCGGUUGAAGACAUUCACUUCAUCAAUGAUGGCUCCGGUAACCCAGCAGACCCCGGAGCUGAGGUGCCCGCUGCACUCCCCACUGCCACUUCUGCACUGGAGGAGAUGGCCCUCUACAGUAACAAGCGCAAGCUGCGGCAGGGCCGUCGCAGCCUGGAGACCGCCGUGCCCACAUAACCACCACACUCACACCUACCACAGAAGACUCAGAAGUCAAACACAAAUCGAAAGAGUUGCUGAGUCACUAAACACUACACACACACACACACACACACACACACACACACACACGUUUGGGAGAUGCAUCCCAUGUAACCACUGCAGAGACUAUGAUGCUGAUAAUCGACACAAACACACACUAUGUCAUAAUCUUCGUUCCAGUCUUGCCUUUAGUCUGAGGAUGAGUUGGCACGUGGCAAGAACACAAGGCCCAAUGUUCCCAAUGGCAGGGAGGCCAAUGAGGGGAGCUAGCAUUACGCUUCAAAAAGACCAUUCUCCUUUUUAUUUGUUUUGUUUCUUCAGUUUGCGUUUUAGAAGCUGAAUUAUAUUAACAGGCGACUGAUAUGUUUUUAUUUUGGCACCUCUGAUUUUUGCUGUUUUAAAAAGAUGUGUGUUCUGGAAGAGGGCGAGGAAGAAAAUAUGAAAUGUGUAGCUGUAAUACUAACUUUUCAGAUGCUAUUUUUGAGGUUUUCAGUGAAUAGAUUGUGUAAUAACAGGGUUUUUAGUGGGGGUUUUGGGGGAGGGGGAGUGUACAUAUUGUAUAAGGUGGAAACUUACUGCUACCUUCACUGCCACUUGAGGGCAGGGCAUUUUUAACACUAAAUACAUAUCUCAACUGCACUGCCAUGCUGCUUAGGAAACCAUUGUUAUAUUUUAAAAUAAUUUAUUCUGCUUGUAUUUUAUUACCCCUAUCAAAACCCUCCUGAGGUAAACAUUGUUGUUAUCCCUGCACUUUUGAGUGCAACCAAACAAUAGUGCAAUGCAUAUCAUUCAUUUAUUACAAUGCCUGCUGUGCAUAUCAUGAUAUCACAUUCAAAUUGAUGGUCAAUGCCUUGUCUCAUUCUUAAUGACAAUGAGACAAGGUUUGUUUUAUCCUUAUCAGCAUGGCUUUUUCUUGAACAUCUUUCACUUUGAUGCUAAGGCCUCAACCAGUUUCUGCCUGCUGAAAUGCCAGUAACUGCAAGGUACAUGUACUUUGUAGGAAAACCGAUCCCAGUUUAUGUCAAGGGAACACGUUUAUCAAAUUCUGAUAUAUUUCCCAUUCUAGAGAUUGUAACUACACCUGAAAGACCACCAGUGGGAGACACUCACAGAAAACCAAUACGCUUCUAGUUCUAAUUUCAAAGUCCUGUCAAUUUGGGAACAUAGUCAGUUUCAUCUCCAUUUACACGUACGGUACUUUUUCAGCCUUUUUCGGGGCAUAAUUUUUUAAUGUGAAUCUCAAUCAUCUGGAUCCUGUUCCAGAUUUGGCGGGUGAAGGUAGCAGUUUUUUGCUUAUUUUUGUAUCUGUCUUUGGUUAAUUUAAAUCUGACGCCACUGAAAAUCCUUUACUAUUGUGUGAAUAAUGUACAAAAUACUGAAAGUAAAGCAAAACAAUGGUUAAAUCUGAGCCUGUCUACUAAGCAAAGACCAUGCGUGCGCCUGGACUGCUAGUCCAGUCUGGACAGGCUCUGGACUGGGGAGCUUUGACACUGCAUUUAUAUUGGCUUUACUGGGAGAACCUUCAGCUGAAUACAUUUUGGUAAUCCCUCUCAAAUGUAUCUCAUUCUCAAUCAGUCUUUCCACUGCUUUAACCACUGCUGUCAGUGGAUGUUAUCUGGCAGCAGCACUGUUGGAGAAUCAUGACAACAGAGUAGAUUUUCUUAAAUAAUUAAAGUACUAAUCAAAGCGUACCACAUUGCUCUUGCUGACUGAAAUUCAGUUGGGACGAUAACAUUUGUGAAUGGCUGAUAUCUUUUUAUUUUUUUAUACUUACUGUAGUACACAGGUGUCUGAUUGAUUCCACGGGGGACCGAGUUUCUGCAGGUUUUUGCUCUUACCGUGUACUUGAUUAAUGGGUUAGGAUCUCCACUCAUGGGUGUUUAGGCCUUAACUGAACAUGAAUUAUAAGGAAAAAGCCAUCAUACACUAGGCCCUCCGUCAAAUCGGUUUGAACCUGUGCUGUAGUAGGUCAAACUUUCCAGAAUAAAUGGGAUUCACUACAUUUUUAAUGCAAAACAACUGUUUGAACUUUUUUGGUUAUUUUCUUCUCUUGAAUUCUCUUGGGGGGCUGUUGUUUUUCCAAACGGGUCAGAAGACAAGGGCAGAAGUGCUGGGGUUAGUGGUUAGAGCUCAUCCGAGACUGUAACUAGUGAAUUUGUACAACCAAAGAAGUCUAUUUUCUGGUUCAGGAAUAAAGUUUACUUUUCAUUUAACAAGCUGA